UAUAAGGAAAGGACGCGGUGGUUUGAGAGCGAAGGUCGUUUAAAACGGGUGAAGGUUGUUUGCCACUCGCACUGAUCUUUGUCGCACUCUUCAUACGACAUUCUUCACUCGCUGUAUUAAUAUCUGCAAGUGUUUAAUGGGUAGUGCCUGUUGUAAAAGUCUAACUGCAGUCAAGAUGGCUCAACUUCUUGCCCAACCGGGUGCUGGAGAAUUGCAGAGAAUUCAUUCCUCUCCAUUUGGAUUGCCUGGUUCUGGUUCUCAAACAAAUGUUGGCCUUUCACAACAACUUCAGGCAGCUUGUGCCAGAUCACAACUGGAACAUAUGGUGGCUUUGGACAUUGAUUCUGAACCAUGUCAUGUGCGUAUGAGUGGUAUUGUCUGUACUAUAGGCCCAGCUUGCAAAGAUGUUGAUUCUCUAAAAAAGAUGAUGAUUGAAGGAAUGGAUGUUGCCAGACUUAAUUUUUCUCAUGGAUCAUAUGAAUACCAUGGUGAAACUAUUAAGAAUGUGAGAGAAGCUACCCAGAAGUUUGAUAAACCGAAGAUAAUUGCUAUUGCACUGGAUACAAAAGGACCCGAGAUAAGAACAGGUCUUCUCAAGGGUGGUCCCUCAGCUGAAGUGUCUUUGAAAACUGGAGCAAAAAUAAGGAUUACAACAAAAGAAAGUGUUAUGGAGUCUUGUGAUGAAAAUACUUUGUAUGUUGAUUACAAAAACAUUACCAAAGUCAUGAAAAAAGGAUCUCGAAUGUUCAUUGAUGAUGGCUUGAUUUCUGUUGUUGUUAAAGAAAUGGGUUCUGACUAUAUGGAUUGUGAAAUUGAAAAUGGUGGUGACCUUGGUAGUAAGAAAGGUUGCAAUUUACCUGGAAUUCCUGUUGAUUUGCCUGCUGUAUCAGAAAAAGAUAAACAAGAUUUGAUAUUUGGUGUAGAACAAGACGUUGAUAUGGUGUUUGCGUCUUUUAUAAGAAGUGCUGAAGGUGUUCGAGAAAUCAGAAAAGUUCUUGGAGAGAAAGGAAAAGACAUUAAAAUUUUUGUGAAAAUUGAAAACCAUCAAGGCGUGAAAAACUUUGAUGAAAUUUUGAAGGAAACUGAUGGUGUCAUGGUUGCACGUGGUGAUUUGGGUAUUGAGAUUCCUCCUGAAAAAGUGUUUUUAGCUCAGAAAAUGAUGAUAGCUAAAUGCAACAAAGCUGGUAAACCUGUUAUUUGUGCCACUCAGAUGUUGGAAAGUAUGGUGAAAAAACCACGUCCAACUCGUGCUGAAGCUGGUGAUGUUGCAAAUGCUGUUCUUGAUGGUGCAGACUGUGUUAUGUUAUCAGGAGAAACUGCCAAAGGCUCCUAUCCAUUGGAUGCUGUUCGUAUGAUGGCUAAAAUUGCUCGUGAAGCUGAAUCUGCUGUGUUUCAUAGUCAACUGUUUGAAGAACUCAGACGUCAGACACCAACUCCAACAGAUGCUACCCACACUGUUGCAAUUGCAGCUGUUGAAGCUUCAUUUAAGUGUCAUGCUGCUGCUAUCAUUGUUAUUACAACAACUGGAAGGUCAGCUCAUCUUAUUUCUGCCUAUCGUCCACGUUGUCCAAUCCUGGCUGUUACUAGAACUGCACAGGUUGCUCGCCAGGCUCACAUGUAUAGAGGAAUUAUUCCAAUUUAUUAUGAAGAGAAAAGAGACAGUCAAUGGACUGAGGAUGUUGAUAAACGCAUUCAAAGAGCUCUGGAGGCUGGGCAUGACCAUGGGUUUAUCUUCAAGGGAGUUCCUCUAGUGAUUGUGACUGGUUGGAAAUCUGGUUCAGGCUUCACUAACACGCUGAGACUUAUCAAUGCACCCGGCAGAGAUGAAAUGACUCCUAUUAUGUCCAGUCACUUUUGAAUGAUGUGAUUUUGAUGAUGCUGGGUUGCCAGUUCUUUAGAGACUUACUCUAAACUCCUGUUUCAAUUUAGUGACCUUUUUUUCUUAUAUAGAAUAACAGAUGUCUACCUAUCUUAAAUAGGGACUUACUUUGUAGAAAAUACAAUAGCUUACUUUAAACGAUAUAUCCUUUCCAUGAAAAGUGUGGCUAUAAAAUUGACUUUAGUAAUACCUUUCGACUACCUCUGCAGCAACAUCUAGAAUAUUUAAGUACAAUAAUACUUGGAGUUUUCGUUUCUCAAAUUUUCAUUUCUUUCUAUGUUAAUCCCGAUGGUGAUUUCAUUGUCUUUACUUUCAAGACGAAGGUUUGCAUAAAUUUCUGUACAAGAAACUUUCAUUGCUAAGAAACUCAAUUUGAAAAAAAUAAUCAAAUCUGAUAGAAAAAAUAACUAUCUGAAGCAAAAUAACACAGUUGUUAGUAUAAAUAACAUUAGUUCAACUUCAAAAAUUAUUUUGUUUGUAAAGCUGUUUUAAAAGACUCAAAAAUCUACAAUGUUAUACUGCUGCAAGUAUUUCAUUUGUUUGAUUCAUUUUUUUUUUUUUUUUCAACUGGGACCAGAAUUUAUAAAAUUUCAAAAUGCAGUUUUGAUAUUUUAGCUGCUUGGUUCCUUUGUAAUUUUGUAAACUAAAAAUGUUUCAUAUUUUAGUUGAUACUCAUUGAAUAAGACAAAUAUAACUCAAUAUAUUUGGCAAAUCUAAUGUAAAAUAACUUUACUUAGUUGUAGAAUUUAUUGUAAUACAUUUCCUGAAUAUGAAGUCUUAAGUUGAGAUAAUUAUUUCAUAUAUUUAAAACUCAUGAAUAGAUUUUUCUUUCAAAAGUCUUGUAGGAAUACUUUCUAUUUGUUUUAGGUUUUUAAUUUUGAUAUUUUAGGAAGUUUUUUUCUUUCUGUUUUAUGAAAUUUUCAUUUUUGAGAUACAAUAUUUCAAUAAAUUGUAGAUUUGUUUGUGUCUAAAAUGGUUUGUUAAAUUGUUAAUAAAUGCGUGCAAAUACUU